AACUGGGUUCUGGAGGGAAUCCAAGCUUUGUUCCAGAACUUUCGCGACGAAGGCUCCAAGUCCCCGAGCCAUCGAAACCCUAGAACGAAGGCUACUCCGAUCAACGGCGAUGGAGGUGAUGGAGCUCGAUGUGCCGAAGCAAGAGGACCUCUUCCGAGCCGCGGAGAAGGGGGACGCCGCCCUUUUCUCCUCCCUCCGUGAGGAAUCUCUCCGGCGGGCUCGAUCGAUGCGGAACGAAGACGGCCGGUCCCUCCUCCACGUCGCCGCCUCUUCUGGCCACCCCGAGGUGGUUAAUGUGCUAUCUUCGACUGAUCCAUCGGUGAGUGGAGUUAACAGCAAGGAUGAAGAAGGAUGGGCGCCGCUGCACUCGGCUGCUAGCAUUGGCAAUGUGCAAAUCGUCGACAUCUUGCUCGACAGAGGAGCUGAUGUCAAUCUGACUAAUGAUGGUGGCCGCACUGCUCUUCAUUAUUCUGCUAGUAAGGGGUGGUUGAAAAUAGCUGAAAUUCUAAUAGCCCAUGGUGCAAAAAUAAAUAAGAAAGACAAGGUUGGUUGCACCCCGCUACAUAGGGCUGCAAGUACUGGAAACUCGGAGUUAUGUGAGCUAUUGAUUGAGGAAGGAGCAGAGGUCGAUGCCACUGAUAAAGCAGGCCAAACUCCUCUCAUGCAUGCAGUGGUAUGUCAGAACAAACAGGUUGCUCUUCUCUUAAUAAGACAUGGGGCUGAUGUUGAUGUUCAAGACAAGGAAGGAUGCACUGUGCUUGGUCAAGCUUCAGAUGAAUUUAGACCAACAUUGAUCGAUGCAGCCAAGGCAAUGCUGGAAGGUUAGAUUAUGAACUGAUGACACUUUCGAAGAGGACUGCCUAUGUGCUUACAAACAGCAAUGUGCCUUAAGAAGUGAGAGGCUGAAAUGCUUCUCUGGUGAGGAAUCUGUUAUAGCUGUAUCCACCUCUUGCAUUUCUAAAUUUUCCCUUAAAAUGGGUGGAGAAUUGAGUUACUUAUAGGCUCUUCCUCAAGUUUUCACUAUUCAAUCUGCUUGGAGGAUACUGGCAAUAUGUAUUUGUCGGUUAUCAGAAGGCAUUCUAAGUGACUCAUGUUUUAAUCUGAGACUUCUUGCUCAUUUUUGGGGAAUUGGCUCGUAAUAACAUUUUGUCAACCCUUGUGGGAGAGGUCCAUGCGCAUAUGGUUGAAAUUGCGUGAUUUGUAUGUUAGUAAUUUCAGUGUGGGGUGCUUCA